UGAUGACAUGUAAGAAUAGAAUUGGUUCCAAGCGUCAUGGCCUCACCACCUUAACCACGUUGUCGGCAGAUUGCAAGUUGCAGCCAUGCAUCCUUUUCAUCUUUUCGCUUUCUGGCAACAGAAUUCGCGCUUUUGGCCGCGCAAAUCCUUUGAUUACAACGACCAAAAUCCACUCAUUUCGCCAACUCUAAUACCCCAUAAUCAGUAAUCGCCAGAAAGCACUUCACUCUUCCAAGGACUUCAAUUCACUCCAUAGAGUCUUUCAGAGGCCCAAAGAUGGCGUUUUUGUUUGGAAUAGUGAUCGGAAUCGCAUUCGGGUUGGCUUUAGUUAUCGCGUUUGUGAAGUCGGAAAACAGUCGGUCCAAACGCCGUUGUGAACUGGCUACUACGGUUGCGGCGUAUGCAAGAAUGAGCGUGGAAGAUUCCAGAAAGAUCUUCACCCCUGACCAGUACCCUUCUUGGGUUGUCUUCUCUAAGUACCAGAAGUUGAAGUGGCUAAAUAGUCAUCUCGAAAAGAUCUGGCCAUACGUGAAUGAGGCGGCGUCGGAGUUGAUUAAGAUGAACGUCGAGCCUGUUCUGGAAUCAUACAGGCCAGUGAUUUUGGCAUCAUUGAAAUUUUCAAGGUUCACUCUUGGUACUGUUGCCCCACAGUGCACAGGAAUUUCUAUCAUUGAAGAUGGAAGUGAAGGGAUUACCAUCGAGUUACAGGUGCAGUGGGAUGGAAAUCCGAGUAUAAUACUUGAUAUUAAGACUUAUCUCGGUGUUGCACUACCUGUGCAGGUGAAAAACAUUGGGUUUACAGGGGUUUUCAGGCUGAUCUUAAGGCCGCUUGUAGAUGAGCUUCCUUGCUUUGGAGCUGUAUGUGUUUCUCUAAGACACAAGAAAAAGCUGGAUUUUACGCUCAAAGUAAUUGGCGGUGAUCUGACAGCAAUACCUGGCGUCUCUGAUGCGAUUGAGGGCACAAUACGAGAUGCUAUUGAAGAUUCUCUCAUGUGGCCUGUUCGGAAAGUUAUUCCCAUUUUACCUGGGGAUUACAGUGACCUUGAACUGAAGCCAGUUGGAUUGUUGGAGGUUAAACUUAUUCAAGCAAAGGGGUUAACAAAUAAGGACAUAAUUGGGAAAUCUGAUCCUUAUGCAACAUUAUAUGUACGCCCCUUACGUGAUAAAACAAAAAAGAGCAAAACAAUUAACAAUGACUUGAACCCAGUUUGGAACGAGCAUUUUCAGUUUGUUGUUGAAGAUCCAUUAACACAGCACUUGGUGGUAAAGAUCUACGAUGAUGAAGGGCUUCAGUCAAGCGAGUUGAUUGGAUGUGCUCGUGUCAGUUUGAACGAGCUCGAGCCCUGCAAAGUUAAGAAUGUAUGGCUGGAGCUCGUGAAAGACUUGGAGGUUCAAAGAGACCAAAAAUAUCGGGGGCAGGUGAACUUGGAGCUGUUGUACUGCCCCAAUGGCAUGAAGAAUGGGUUUAUGAACCCUUUUGUCGAGGACUACUCCAUGACCGCAUUAGAGAAAAUUUUCGAAAGUGAGGCAGAAGCUACAGAAAAUGGAGCUGAUAUGAACAAAAGAAAGGAGGCCAUUGUGCGAGGCGUACUUUCUGUUACUGUCAUUUCUGCUGAUGACCUUGCUCCCACAGAUCUAAUGGGAAAGGCCGACCCGUAUGUUGUGCUUUCUUUGAAGAAAGCCGGAAUCAAGAACAAAACCAGGGUUGUAACAGACAAUCUGAAUCCUGUCUGGAAUCAGACUUUCGACUUUGUUGUUGAGGAUGGAUUGCAUGAUAUGCUGAUUAUAGAAGUAUGGGAUCAUGACACGUUCGGAAAGGAUUAUAUGGGGCGGUGCAUCUUAACUUUGACGAGGGUUUUGUUAGAAGGCGAAUACAAAGAAACGUUCGAACUAGAUGGAACGAAAUCAGGAAGAAUCAACCUGCAUCUCAGGUGGACACCACAGCCAAUUUUCAGGGACACUUAGGUGUGAAAUGGUGAAUGCAGCCUCAUGUGAAGUUGCCCUCUUUGGCCCCCUUUCAAGCUCUGAUCUGCAGAGGAUGCUGCUCUAAUCUUAUUUGGGGGACUAUAAAUAACAUUUGGCUUGAAAGGUUGUGGAAUUGAAGUAAAUAUAAUAUCUGUUGUACGUAUAUAUAUAUUAACUGUUUAAUUAAAAUCAGAGAUUCUGA